UACGAGUAAGUUAGAGCGCAAGUCUUCAAGUUGCUCUGCAGCCACCCGUCGGAAAGACAAACGAGAGGGAAAGAAAGGGUCCGAUGGUUGACUGUCGAUCCGCUUCUUUUCCUUCCAUGGAUUUCGGGCAAUUCUUCCCGUUUGUCCCACUCUGGGCGGUCGGCCAUUUUUGCCGUGGUUUUCGGUUCGGUUGCGGCUCUGACGCUGCAAGCUGGAAUGUUUCGAACUGCCGUGAACUUACCUGCUUUUCUGCCCCUCAUUGUUGUUCUUGUUGUUGUGUGUUCUUCUUCGUGCAUGAAAGCAUCUCCAAGAAUAGCCACUGGGUCAAACAUCGUCUAACGGAUCGACUAUGGAAAGACCCCCCUUCCAGUCCCUGCAGGCACAUUAUGCUUCCCGCUUAAAACAGUUCCAAACAUCAGAUCGGAACUUUGAAGUUCUGGCCUCCGUCUCACCCGACGACCAUGACCCUGCUUCCAGUCCCGACGUCUUGUACGUGCUUGACUCCUCUUUCAAUCCACCGACGCUCGCACACCGUCGGAUUGCCUGCUCGGCUCUUUUAGAGGACACCAGCUGCGCUCCGCGGCUCCUCUUGCUAUUGGCGACGCAGAAUGCGGACAAACCAUCUAAACCCGCUUCUUUCGAGAACCGCCUAACCAUGAUGGACUUGUUCGCUCGCGACCUUCUUUCGCAUUUACCGUCUGCAAGUCCUCCAGGCACUCGCCAGAUCCUUCCAGUAAUAGACAUUGCCGUCACAAAAAAGCCAUACUUUGUGGAUAAGGCGGCGGAAAUAGAGCGGGCGGGGGUAUACCCCCACUCGCUGGAACAAGUCCAUCUUACGGGCUACGAUACCUUGAUUCGCAUCUUCGAUCCCAAGUACUAUCCUCCAGAGCACACCCUGCAGUCGCUGGAGCCCUUCCUGUCCCAGCAUCGGUUACGGGUGACCUUGCGCCCUGAUAGCAGCUGGGGCAGUCGGGACGAGCAGGAGGCCUUUCUGCGGGACUUAGCGGAGGGAAGGAAAGAUGACAUAGGCGGUAAGCGGGAAUGGGCCCAGCGAAUCCAGCUGGUGGAGGGACGGAAACCGGGGGCACCAUCGGUGAGCUCAACCAGGGCCCGAGAAGCAGUCGCCGCAAACCCCCAGGAUCUGGACUGGCUGGUCCCGUCGAGCAUUCAGGAGAUGAUUCUGUCUGAACGACUCUACGCGAACUAAUCGACAGCGGCCUGGCCGGUCAAGCGCAUACCCGCUGCCUCGCGCGAUUGCGGUCCGUCAGUCGCAACCACUGUAAAUCUUUUUUCAUACUACGUAUACACAUAGACAGCGCAUUUCAACAUUCUGCAUGCCAGAAACCAAUUUGCUUUUUAGCUCAGCGACGACCAUAACACCAUGCCCAAAGCGACGCCCUCAUCCGUGUGUUUGGCGGACAUUAUCGUACAUACAUAAAUCUUCGAUGGAUCUUCAGGCCCUGCAGAAUGGGCCCAAUCU